CAUGCUGAGCGUUGUUUUCGUAAUUGCCGGUCUGGCGGUGGUUGGCACAACAGCACAACCGGCAGACAUCAAUCAAUGUUCUCCCAACCCGUGUCAGAACGGAGCCACGUGUGCACAUAGUAUCAACAACUACACGUGCACGUGUGUAGCGGGCUUCACCGGAAGGAACUGUCAAACAGACAUCGAUGAGUGUUCACCUAGCCCAUGUCUCAAUGGCGGCCGCUGCUCAAAUGAAAUCAACAAGUACAUAUGUACAUGCACUUCCGGGUACACUGGUAUCAACUGCAGGCCAGCUGUGCUGGGCGAUGACUGCAGCGUCCGACCGGCAGUGUGCUCGAACAUCCUGAACUCGCAGUGCACGGGAGGCACGUGCCAGUGUUUGACGGGAUACGAGAAGACAGGCGAGGCAACGUGCAGCAAGAAAGACUGUAAGAGCUUAGGACUGGUUGACAACGGCAUCGUCGUAUACUCCGGUGGCACGCUAUACCAGGCCAUUGCGACCUUCACUUGCAACACCGGUUAUACGAGGAACGGACCUUCUUCUGUCACGUGUCAAUCGGAUGCCACAUGGAGCGGGGCGAAACCUACAUGCACAAUAAACUCUUGUCCUGAUUUGACGGCGCCUAUCUACGGAGCAGUGGUUUUCAUCCCGAGCAAGGACUAUCUAAGCAAGGCAGAGUUCUCGUGCAGUGUGGGCUACACCCUUACGGGUAUUUCAACUAGAACGUGUACGGCAACCGGAGCGUGGGAUGGGUCCAGUCCAACGUGUGUUAUUAAAGCUCCUGUGUACCGCGGAUGCUACAUGGAUACGUGGGACCGUGUCUUGCCUAUUCAAAUGACUCCCGACUCGCCCACAAAUGCGCCUUUGGAAUGUGCCUCUCGCUGCAUUGGUUACGCUUUUAGCGGCGUUGAGUCCGUCGACGAGUGUUUCUGCGGCACAGUACUACCCACAUGGCUAAUGCUAAGGCCUGACUCCGAAUGUAACUCUGCGUGUCCUGGGAACAGCGCAUUGAUAUGUGGCGGGGUGUGGAGAAUCAGCGUCUAUAGCAACUAGGAGUGCUGAACAACGUUGCAUGAUACAAACAGCCCCAAAAAUACAACUCUGCGCUUUCUGAAAACUGAUGCUGGCUUUUGUUCAUAAAAUAACGAAUAUUUCUUACUAUCCUUUUCAACUUCCUGAUUACAGAGAAAAUUGUUUGCAGUCUAUUUUACUAAGACGCUUCAACUGUGUUGUUUAGAAUGAUUUGACAGUUUACUUGGUAAUUACAUGUUGUCUUUGUCACAUUAACAUGUGUUUAAAACCAGUUGUGCAAUAAAUGAAUAUGACUAGAAAAUGCUAAAAAACUACUAC